UCUGCUCGGUUCGACACUUUAUGGAUAACAUUCAAAUGGUGUGUUCUGGAAUAUUUAUUUUAACAUUCAUAAUGUGAUAGUAAAUUUCCAAUUCACUUCAACUUCUAACGGUGUGUUCGCUAAUCGUCGAACUGCAAAAUGGCGAGGCGGUAUGAUGCAAUUCUUGAUAAUGAUUCUGAUGAACUGUUAUACUGGUGUUCGCAGUGCAAAGAACGGUCUUUAGAGAUAGAAGCAGAUUAUUACUGUAAAAAGUGUCAUACAUUCUAUUGUGGAACUUGUACUGACCACCAUAGUCAUGGUGGGUGGUUUAAUAAAAAGUAUCUUUAUGGAAAACAUAAAAUACAUAAGUGGCCCGUUUCUAAGAAGAUGGAAGAUAUUCUACUUAAGUGUGAAGUCCAUGAAGAUGAAAAUUUGACAGCGUUCUGCAAUGAACAUGAUCAGCUCUGCUGCUCAAUCUGUGUCACACUUUGUCACAGACCAUGCACUACAGUGACAGUUAAAUCUAAGGCUGCAAAAAUCAAGUCAAAAGACCUCAAUGAACUGCAGGUACAAGUCCUAAAAAAUCUCACAAAAAUGAACCAGCUUCAGACGCAUCAGCAGAACAGCAUCGAAUCUCUUAAUGUUACAUACGAUCAACUUGUGAGCUCUCUGGUGGCCGACAUGCGACUAAAUAUUAAUUCCUAUUUAUGUGAGUGUGAAAACAGUAUUAUGAAUGGAGAACAUGAAAAUGAGCAACACACAGUGCAUGAAAUUCGUCAAAAAAUAAGUUUUAUAUUAUCUGCUUUUGAGAACGGAAUCGUAAAGGCAAAGACAUAUGAGAAGACAAUAAAGCAAGUUGAUUUUAUGGAUGUGGUAAACACCUGCAAACGACAUCAGACUGAAUUGUUUCGACUGAAUGAAGCCUUAAAUAAAAAUCAGACUAGUCCGGAACUCUCUUUUAUUCUAAGGUAUAAAAGUCGACACAACAUACAAAAAUAUGAAACAUUUUUGAAAGAUAACUUUCCGAAUCAUGAAUUGAAUGUCCGAACCAUAUGUACCCAAUCAUUGAACAUUGAACAAAGUACUGCAGACACACGCUUUAAAACAGCCGUAUGUGUACUGCCGAAUGGACACAUUUUUGUGGCAGAAAGAGAUAAAAGGUCAGUCACGCUUCUUAAUCAAACUUACGACCCUGUGAGUCACUUGGAUAUAUUUACUUAUCCUUGGGACAUCUGCCUGAUAACACCCAAUGAAGUUGCAGUAACUUUGGAUGAUGGCAACACACAUGUGGUACAGUUUAUCACAGUGCACAACAGACGUUUGGUGAUAGACAGGACACUUCCAUUACAACAUCAGUGUAGAGGCAUUGACCACCACCAGGGAACCUUGUUCGUCACUUCUGGUACUGCACUGUACAAAUACUCAAUGACUGGAAAGCUGAUCAGCAAACUUUACGAAGAUACAUCUGUAUGCUGUUGUGCGGUGUGCCCCACAGGUGACAAAGUGUACGUCACCAACUGGGACCAGCACAAGCUCCUUACCCUGGGAAUGGAUGGAUCAUGCCUGGCUUGCUUCACUGACCCUGAACUAGAAUACCCUGGUGGGGUACAUGUGUUACCUGCAGGGCAGGUGCUGGUGUGUGGAUGGGGGUCACACAACAUCAUCCAGGUGGACAAUGAGGGCAGGAAGAAGCUUGCGAAUUUUAAUUCAGGGUUUAUGAGGUACCCUUGGUCAGUCUACUACAACAAAAUUACAUCAUCCAUUAUAGUGGGUGGGGAUGAAUGGAACAGAAUCACAUUUUUUGAAUUGCUAUAGCUUAAUUGCACAAGUUAAUGUAAAACAGCAAUACGUGAUUUAAACUACAGCUGCAUUUCUACGUGUGUACUUAGUUUGUACGUGUAAUAAACCAAUGUGUAUGUAAUUAUAGAUUCAUAUAAAAUGUAAUCAUAUGCAUGUAUCAAUAUUUUCUUUAAUAGUGUGAAGUGUUACUUAGAUAUAAAUCUUGCGUAUUGUGUAAAUUCUAUUUAUUAAAUUUUAGAAAUGAUUGAUUUUACAUAAUCAAAGAUGUACAUUACUUUUUUCUUUUUGAUUCAAAGAUGAACAUGUC